AUGAGCAGCUACGAACGCAACUCCGGCGGGCACAGACCUAAUCCCAGUCUGAAUCCAGCCAUUGCGCUCUUUGACAAGGUAAUGGAUCCCAUGAAAUUCUCAACUCUUGGCACAGCCGAUCUAGUUGCUGAAAAUGGGCUGAACAUCAUGGCCGACUUUUGCACAAGGAUAGGCAAUAACCCACCCAUCGGUACACGGACGAACAAGCCAAUGGCAGCGAGUGCGCUGAAAAAGUACAUUGAGGCACUUUGCAAGGACCUCCGGACAAGAUUUGGUAGACAGGCAGAAUUUACUAAUGUCCCAUUGUUUCCUGCAGAAGAUGUUAAUUCUCUCAAGAAGACGUUCGAAGACAUCCACGGCAGGACUCUAAUUGUUGGAAUGGAUGAGGACGCCCUACUGCGAGACUACUAUCCCAUUCCAAGACAGCAUUCAAAAAGGACCAAGCUGCUGCCUUUGCAUGAUUUUUCGAACCCAGCACAGUUAGCGCAAGCCCGCAGCGUCGAUCUACUUCGUCUUGGUAAACGGCUACUACGGACUGGUCAAAUACUGAACUGGCUGAUGAUACUGUGGUUCCAACGCAAAGAGCUGAAGACUAGCCCUUCUGGGUUCUGUUACGACUUUGAGCAUCCAGAGCUGUGUGUCCUGUUCGCGUUUGGCUGCUACUGGUCACUGGAGAAUGGACUGGUGAGGUCCAACGAGGCAAUGGCGCAACCAGGCAGUGCAAUCUACCGGCGGAGCAAAUUUGUGUUCCAAAAUCUACAUGGAGUGGUGGAUGGAUCAGUUGCGUCGCAGCUCACCACCAUUAUCCGCAGCUGCAUUCAUGCGAUGAUACAGUCACACUACACCGUGAAGUCCCUCAGAGCUGGUGCCAUGUCUCUAUUAUCAUGGCUUCCCACCGUGACAUAUGAGGAGUGCAUAGCGAUUGGUGGAUGGUCGACGAGAGCAAGUCGCGACUGGUAUGUGUGGCAGUAUUUGGUGGCUAUUAUCCCAGCGGUGCUAGCACUGGCGGGGCAUCCAGACCCACGGCUGCUCCCUUACGCUCCAACGUGUGAAGUUCUCUUCACGGAUUUGGAUGGAACAAUGAUAUUUCCACGCGACAAAUUCCAGUUGUUCCUCCGGACGCUGUUUCCAAGCAGCUUACCCGAGUUUGCACCACCACAAGGUCGAUUGCGGCCCUUCAUGUUGGUUGUUACAGCUGUGAUGAUCAAGAAUUACCGGUACAUGCAGGACACCUACGGAGGAGACCACCCUUUUGUACACAAGAUGCGAACAGUGGUGCAUCGAGUUGAAUUGGCUGUCGAUCUUGUUGCUGCUUCGAACAAACUCAGGCACUGGUCAAAGAAGAUAAUUGACGACACGGCCUCCUCCAACCAAGAUGACGGUGUCCUAGUUCGUGCUAGUGUUUCAGACAAGUUGCAUGAGGUCUCGAACAACGUUGCAGAUCUGCUCCGGACGCGACAGCAAGACCAAUUGAACCAGACGCAGCUUCUGCAGGGCAUUGGCGAAUUAAGGCAGGGACAGAGUGAUAUCAAGAGCAGCGUGGAAGCCCUGACAGAGGCAAUGCGACAACUGACAACGCGACUGGAGCGACUGGAGCAACCACGGACCGCUCGAACUCCGCAGCAACAACAACCGGAGCAACAACAACAACCGGAGCAACAACAACAACAAAAACAACCGGAGCAAACAACAACCGGAGCACAACAAAACAACAACCGGACAGCAACACAACAACCGGAGCAGCAGCAGCCACGCCAACAGGCACUCAUUCGUUCCGGUGCUACUGCUGGUCGUGGUAUUCGACAAGACGAGAGGAAGAUAGGCAAUAUCCUGUCCGCGAUAUACGAAGUCAACCAAUUCAGGAGUCUACGUGUCGGUGUUGCCCUUCGGUCCCUAGCGAACCUAGUGAAUACAAGGUUCAUGAAUGGUGAUGGCAGGAAUCGAAAGAAGAUAGAAGUGGCUCUAGAUUUAAUUGAUUGCCUAUGGACGCCCGAAGAGAGAGCCAACAGUAUCAACCAAGGAUUUGCUGAUGACACUGGAGCCAAGCAAGCCUACAUGUCAAUCGAUGACCGAGUUAAGAGAACAUGUCAUGUGUUUGAUGAUCCAGGGGACAAGUGGAAUCCCAACUCAAGGCGCUCCACAGCUGUCACUGGUGUUGGCAACCUUGUAUUGAAGAAGGGCCGUGAAGUGUUUGCCGGUGAGAUACGUCGAAGGAUGCCAAAGUGGAAUCGCGAUCCUCCGCAAGCAGCUGGAUCAGUCUCACUAUGGGAGUUGGUGCAACAGAGGGAAUCCGCGAUAAAGGCCAGAGUGCUUUAUCGUCGUGGUAGAGGAAGAGGUCGUGGCAGAGGGAGAUGA